GAAGUUGUGACUAUUCAAAUAUUUGAUAUUUCUCAUCAUUGAAUAAGUGAGUGAGCAAAUCAGAAGUUGCAUCUAAGAUGUUGAUAUCACCCUUUCAACUGGUUAUAAUUAAGGACUAAUCCGAGAGAAAACAUUGAACAAGUAAUUAUCUUGUACUACUAGAUAUGACAAACAUUGUUCUAUUUUCACUUAAUUUUUUGCUGCUAUGCUUUCAACUAUGUUCAGCUAGAAAUACUUUGAACUUUGGCAACAAUAUAUCUCAACAAGAGAGUCUUGUUUCAAUUGGAAAAAAAUUUCAACUUGGUUUUUUUUCACCAAAUGAAAGUGGUAGCAACACAACUAGUCUUAAGAAAUACUUGGGAAUAUGGUAUCGCAAUUUGGAAGAAAAAAACACAGUGGUAUGGGUAGCCAACAGAAACAAGCCUAUUGUCGAUUCAGACGGAGUUUUUCAAAUUGCUGAGGAUGGAAAUCUUGUAGUAGCAGAUGCAUCACAGAGUUAUUGGUCCACAGAAUUAGCAAAAGUUUCCUCAUCAAGAAACAGGUUAGUGAAGCUCUUGGAUUCUGGAAACCUAGUACUAAUGGAUGAUGAUGGUUACAUGUUGUGGCAAAGCUUCCAACAUCCAACAGAUACAUUUCUUCCUGGUAUGAAAAUGAACAUAAAUUUAACUUUGAGUUCUUGGAGAAAUGAGAAUGAUCCAGAAAGUGGAAGCUUCGCUUUUGAACAAGCGAAAAAAAGCUAUAGAGUAAACAACCAUUCACAACUUUACUGGGAAUUUGAUGGACAAAAUUUAGAUAAGAUGUUUCACAUAAUUCUUGGCUUGUUGGAGAACACCACCACCUCACAUUCCAACUACAGCAAGUUACUAAAGAAAAACAUGACACAACAAAUUUUUAAUUAUGAUAAAUCAAGGUUGGUGAUGAAUUCUAGUGGUGAGAUACAAUUUUGGAAGUGGGAGGAUAACUUUCAAUGGAUGAAAAUUUGGGGGCAGCCAUCGGAUAUAUGCGACAUACAUAACUAUUGUGGUAACUUUAGCAGCUGCAGCAAAUAUAAUUGGAUUCCAUGUAAGUGUUUGCCAGGAUUUCGUAAGUUGUCGGAUGAUGCUCCUCGUUACCAGCUUGGAGAACGGUUCCAAGGAUGUGUUAGAAAAUCGCAAACAUCGUGUCUCCCAAAGGUCAUGGCCACUGCCAACAAUGAAAUGAUAUUCAUCAACUUAACAAAGAUAAAAGUGGGAAAUCCAGACAUAGGAUUGCAAUCAGAAUCAGAAGCAAAUUGUCAAUCUAUGUGCCUUAACAUGUGUUCUGUCUCUCGGUGCAAUGCUUAUUCGUAUAAUAAUGCUACAUAUAGUGAUCGUAGCAGCAUCUUUUCAUGUUGGAUAUGGACACGACAAUUGCCUACACUUCAAGAGGAUCAAGAUGAUGGUCGCGAUCUUUCAAUCCUAGUGAAGAGAUCAGAUAUAGAAUCAACUGCAAAAUCGUGCGAACCUUGUGGCACAUAUAUAAUUCCUUAUCCUCUAAGCACCGGGCCAAAAUGUGGAGACCCUAUGUACAACAAAUUCAGUUGUAACUUAUUGACAGGCCAGCUUAGUUUCAUGUUGUCAGAUGGAAAAUCAUAUCGAGUUACCGUUAUUGAUGAAGGUGGUAGAAAGUUUUAUAUCCAAACGAAUGAUACAAAUCGUUGUGGUGAUUCCAGUUCCAGUAGUUAUCAAACUAGUUCACCUUUUAGUGUGAUUAAUUGGUGUUCUGACAAAGAUGAAAUAGAGCUCGAUUGGGCACCGGCUCCCGAACCACAUUGUGAUAAAUAUGUUGAAUGCAUAAAUUGGCCCCAUUCCACAUGCAUUGCAAAAAAUGGAGGAGAAACAAGGUGCUAUUGUGAUUCAAAAUAUUUGUGGAACGCCUCAAGUUUAACUUGUACCCGAGAAUCAUCAAGAAACCAUUCAACAAAUCGAAUGCGAUUGAUUCUACCAGUAAUUUGUAUAGUCAUCAUUAUCCUAACAUGUACAAUGGUGUUUGCUUAUGUACGGAGAAAGAAAAUAGGCCACAAGCUCGAUAAGGUGAGCAUUCAAAUUCAGGAGAGUUUGUACAACAGUGAAAAACAUGUGAAAGGUUUGAUUGGCUUAGGAAGUUUAGAAGAAAAUGAUGGUGAAAGCAUUGAAGUACCUUAUUAUACUUUUAGAAGCAUUCAAUUAGCUACAAAUAAUUUUUCAGAUUCAAACAAGCUUGGACAAGGAGGUUAUGGCCCUGUCCAUAAGGGAAGGUUUCCUGGAGGCCAAGAUAUUGCUAUAAAGAGGCUUUCAAGCGUUUCAACUCAAGGCUUACACGAAUUUAAAAAUGAGGUUGUUUUGAUUGCGAAACUUCAACAUCGAAAUCUUGUUAGGCUUAGGGGCUAUUGUGUUAAAGGAGCCGAAAAAAUCCUACUAUAUGAAUACAUGUCAAACAAGAGCCUGGACACAUUUAUAUUUGAUCGAACAAGAACUGUACUUUUGGAUUGGAAAUUGCGGUUUGACAUUAUUAUAGGCAUUGCCCGAGGGAUGCUUUAUCUCCAUCAAGACUCAAGAUUGAGAGUGAUUCAUAGAGACCUUAAAACAAGCAACAUUCUUUUAGACGAGGAGAUGAUUCCAAAGAUAUCAGACUUUGGUCUUGCCAAAAUAUUUGGCGGAAAAGAGACUGAAGCAAGCACACAAAGAGUAAUGGGAACCUACGGAUAUAUGGCUCCAGAAUAUGCCUUGGAUGGAUUCUUUUCAAUCAAAUCAGAUGUUUUUAGCUUUGGUAUAGUCCUACUAGAGAUUCUCAGUGGUAAAAAGAACACGGGAUUCUUUCGGUCCCAACAAAUUUCUAGCCUUUUGGGUUAUGCAUGGAGAUUAUGGACAGAGAAUAAGUUGCUGGAUUUAAUGGACUCUGCUAUUAGUGAAACUUGCAAUAAGAAUGAAUUCAUUAAGUGUGCACAUAUUGGGCUCUUAUGUGUACAAGAUGAACCAGGUGAUCGACCUACCAUGUCAAAUAUUUUGACAAUGCUUGACAGUGAAACUUCAAUCAUCCCAAUUCCAACACAACCAACCUUUUUUAUGACCAAACAACAAUCAUCUAGUUCUUCUUCUAGCAAACUAGAAAUCAAUAUGCAAUUUGAUACUAGUUAUCAACAAGGUCGCUAGUAUAAAUGUUGGAGUAAUUCAUAGUUUUGGAAGAACUUCAUGGUUUCAUUCUUCUUGUAUUAGCAUGUAAGGUUAACAGAUUGGUAUUUCUAAGCUAUAUAUAUUUUGACAUUGAAUUCACAACAUGAUUACAGACCCUGUCUUGUUAAUUUAA